AUGCGUGUGAUUUUCCGCUUCAGCGUGCCUCCAACCACCUGCCCUUCCACGCUGGUGAAGCGCUCGGCGAAGAUGCACGGGCGGUGGUCUGCUGUUAUAUUGCUCGGAUUUUCCUUGCUUGGCACCGAGGGGAGGCCAAGCAAGGAUGAAUAUGGGGCGAAAACCUAUCAGCCUCUGGUGAGAUUCCGACACAAGCAGGAUUCAAGCCUGGAAAGGUUGCACGCAAGCGGGUUUUGGGAGCCCGGCAGGUUCUUGGGGUCUUGUGAGAAUAAGUACUGUGGCCUAGGGCGACACUGUGUCAUUGACCCCGAGAGCGGCCUGGGGGCAUGUAAGUGUUUGGACAGAUGCAAACCCCGCUACAAACCAGCAUGCGGGUCGGAUGGAGCGCUCUACGAAAACCACUGCCAGCUCCACCGUGCGGCUUGCCUGAAGCGCCAGAGGAUCACCGUCCUGCACAACGAGGAUUGCUUUUACAGCGGUGAUAAAUGCAAGGCAGGUGACUAUCGUAAGAUGAAAAACAAGGUUCUCUCUCUGCAAAGCCAUCGGUUCAUGAGAGAAGGCCCCGAGGAGGACCAUGGAGACCAAAUGUCCCAGUUGAAGCAGCUGGUCGACCGGAUGUUCAGCUACUUUGAUGCAGACGGCAGUGGGCUAGUUGACGGCAGUGAGCUGUCCCAGAUCAUAAAGCAACAAGGACUGGCCAAGGAUAAAUCCCAGUGCACCCUGUUUGAUCUUUUGAAAUAUGAUGAUGGCAAUGGUGACCAACACUUAUCGAAGGAGGAGUUCUACAAAGCAUUUGAAGUUCUCGAGCUGAAUCUUCCCGAAGACCAGAAAGUGAGAGUCACCACUGUGAUGGUGGGUCAGAGUGUGGUUCUGACCUGUGACAUCACAGGGACACAGAGACCACCGAUUGUCUGGAAGCGCAACAAGCACGUCCUCAACACCCUGUCUCUCGAGGAUGUCAGCGAUUUUGGAGAUGACGCCUCUUUAUACAUAACCAAGGUGACCACCACUCACAUGGGCAACUACAGCUGUCACGCCAGCAGUUAUGAGCAGCUUUCACAGACACAUGUCCUCCAAGUAAAUGUUCCUCCAGUGAUCCGGGUGUACCCGCAGAGCCAGGCCAGGGAGCCGGGGGUGACGGCCAGCCUCAGGUGCUAUGCGGAAGGCAUCCCCGACCCCCAGCUGACAUGGCUGAAGAACGGCAUGGACAUCACCACAAAGCUGUCCAAGCAGCUCUCUCUCCAGGCAAAUGGGAGCGAGGUCCACAUCAGCAACGUGCACUUCGAGGACACCGGCGCAUACACCUGCAUCGCAAAAAAUGACGCCGGAGUGGACGAGGACAUCUCCUCACUCUUUGUUGAGGACUCUGCCAGAAAAACAUUGGCAAACAUUCUGUGGCGAGAAGAAGGUUUCGGAGUUGCCAACAUGUUCUAUGUGUUUUAUGAGGAUGGCAUUAAAGUCAUCCAGCCAGUGGCAUGUGAAAUUCAGAGACACAUACAACCCAGCGAGAAACUGCUUGGGCUUCAGGAGGAAGUUUGCCCCGAACUGGAGAGCGAAACAGUGCAGAAGUGUGUGUGGGCAUCUGCAGUCAACGUCAAGGACAAGUACAUAUACGUUACACAGCCAACAUUGAAUCGAGUGCUCAUUGUAGACGUUCAGUCACAAAAGGCCGUCCAGGUGGUGAGCACAGACCCCGUACCUGUGAAACUGCACUACGACAAAUCGCACGAUCAGGUGUGGGUUCACAGCUGGGGGGACAUGGAGAAAACCACACCCACUCUACAGGUGAUCGCUCAGGCCAGCGGGAGCGUGUCCCAUCACACAAUCCACACGCAGCCCAUCGGCAGGCGCUUUGACAAGGUGGAGGAUUUCUUCAUUCCACCAACCACCCUCAUCAUUAAUCACAUCAGGUUUGGCAUGAUACUCCACAAGAAUGAACCUGUGCUUUACAAGAUUGACCUGGAAACCACUUCCUAUGUGAAAAGCAUAAGUUUGAAAGAGUUUAACUGCAUACCAAAGUCUUUGGCCUACACCCAUCUGGGCGGAUACUACUUUGUCAAGUGCCGGCAAAGAUCAUCCGGCACAGCCCUUCCUCAACUGAUUGUGGACGGUGUGACGGACGCUGUGAUUGGCUACAACAGGGAUGUCACCGGCACCCCUUACGUGUCCCCGGACAGCCAUUACCUCAUAAGUGUUGAUGACGAGGACGGCCUGAUGAGGAUUCAGCCCAUCACAGUGCGAGGCGAAAUCCAGGCCGGGUUUGACAUUCGCACAAAUUUGCACAUCUCCCGGGUGGCCUUCCAGCGCUCCUUCACUGAGGUUCACCAGUAUAACGUGUUUGCCAGCUCAGCCCUGCAGACCGAUGUUUUGUUUGUCGAGCUGAGCUCUGGCCACGUGAAGAUGAUAAAAAGCAUGAAGGAGCCAAUGGACACUAAUGAGUGGCGGUGGGACCCGAGGAAUCGAGCGAUUGUAGACAGCAACCUGUUUGGCCAGUACCUCGUAACCCCCGCAAGAGAAUCUCUAUUCAUACUUGAUGGGCGACUCAACAAGCUUAAUUGUGAGAUCACUGACAUACUGAAGAGCAACACAGUUGUGUGGGUGGGGGAAGUAUAG